AUGCCCCUCGACAAGUCUGCCCCUCUCAGGCUCGACGACUUCGGCCAGCUCGACGCCGUAGCCAUCGUGGCCACCAUGGGCAUGUUGAAGUUAGAGAAGCAACGCAGGGCGUUCCGACGGUGCGGAAUCCGGCUAGGCGACGGCACGAACGCCGUGGACAGCCGGGCCGGUACGGAUGCCAGGAUCCGGCACAUCGACGCCGGCCUGGCCAUAAUGGCCACGAUGGGCGGGCCGGAGCUCCUACGGGCCCCCCCGAGCGACGAUAAUACCCGUAAAAGAGAACGGAUCAUGCUGAACCUGGCUGCCCACGCGGGCUGGCACCAGGAGGUCCUGUGCGCGUUGGAGUGGGUGAAGCUCGCCCUGUAG